UGCACAACCUACAAUGCUAUUUUUUUUUUUAUGAGAAUUAUGUCAAUUUUUUGCUUCUUAAUUAAAGAAAUAGAACCACCAAUGAAAGAUGGAGAAUCGACCAAAAUGAGCACUAAAUAUUUUUUCAAGAAAUCUCCUCUACAAAACAGGUAUGACAAUAAAAAUGCAUGUGGCUGUUUAAUAUACAAGACAGAAGAACUAGAUUAGAGGGAUUUUUGUUGUGAUUUACAGCAGCUAAUUGCCAGGAACUUGAUUUUCCAAAGUCCCUACUGUCAAGAAGUGGAUUAUAGAGAGAGGACAAAACAACAAAGCAUCCUUGAUGAUCAGCUUAGAAAUUACAGGAAACACAACAGACUUACUUGGACGUUGUAACUUUGGGCUUAUAAAAACAUCAAACACCAACACCAUGCAUUGACUUCACCGAUGUUCUCACCUCGUAACUAUCGUAUCCUUAAAAUUUAAGUAUCUUUCUGCAUUUUCUCGAAUGCUUCCUUUAUCUUCCUUAGAUUCUCCAAAAGCUUUUAUCUUCUUUCAGUUCCCUUGACUUUCAGAAAAGUCCUGUACAAAGAGUUUUGUUACAUACAGAACUCACAAUAACUAUGGCUUCAAUGGAUAAAAACUCAUUGAGAUAUGGCAGAGCCUCUCAGCCGUUUUCUGCUGAUUCAUCGAAGCCAAGGCGAAGCGGGUAUGAACCUUCUGAUACGGAAACUGAUUGGCAAGAAAGUCCUCAAUGUGAUCAGAAUCACAACAGUAUGGUUUUUGGUCCUCAGAGUCCAAAGAUGGAUUUGGAUUUGCCAAGAAAAAUUAGUCCUAUGAGACAAGGCACUAGCAGGAAACUUUCUUCAAAAUUUGAUAAUUAUUCUCCUAAAAGGGACUCUAUGGCCAGCCCAGUUAGGAGGAGACAGACCAGCAAGUCACCCUACAAGACGCGAACACAAGAUGGUAGAGCUAUUUCACCAGUAUCAGUUCGUAGAAAUGUUAGUCCCUUAUCAAAAUCCGAGCACAGAAGGCAGGUUUCUCCAUUUAAGCCUGGAAGAGAGGAGCAUGAUAUGUAUAACAAUGACGAGAAUGUAGGCUCUAGCAGAAGGAAAAAUCAAAUAACUCCUAACGGAGAGGAAAGGAGUUCCUUCUUACAAUUUGGUGAAGUUAGUAGAAUGAGCGAGAGAUCAGCCCAUAGUCGUAGAUCGGUAACUGCUCCAAGACAAAGAGCCAAGGAGGAUCAAGAAAAUGAUCAUGGUCAUAGGAAGCAAAAAGGGGAGAGAUCCCCAUCACCUUUGCCAAGAAGCAUGACUAGAAAACAAAGGGAGAGAGAAGCUUCUGACACAAAAACACCUCCUGUUGGUGAACUAAAUGAGAUGGUAGCUAAUAUUAAGAUGUCUAGAACUCCCAUAUUUAACGCUUCAAAUUUUGAAAGUACAGAGUCUAUUUCUCCUGGUGAUAUCUUCUUUUCUCGCGAGCAAACAGCCUCGAUGAUGCAGAAGAAUGGCUUACCAAAGAAUGGUAAUAAUGGAGCCAAUCUGAUCCCGAUGCCCACAAGGUUGCCCCAGAUGGAUUCUGUACUUCAACAGCUAAGCUCAACUAAUAGUAGUAUUGAACAAAACGCUCCAAGAAAUUUGACGAGUUCUGGUUCACGAUCCACUAUGAUUUCCAGCUCUGCUGCAAGUAGGCAGAGUAGUGGCAAGUUUAGCAGUGAAAGCGGUAAGCUGAGUGAUACGAGUAGGACAAGUGCAAGCUGGAAAAAGUUCACAGCAAAUAGAAAGAAGAGUCAAGCAGAUGCUUGUUUUUCUUGUAUGAGAAGGGGGACUUGCAGGACCUCAAGAUCAUCUGAAAAACAACAUUUUGAUGAAGCUUCAUUCAUUAAGAAGGCGUUCGUGGUUGAACGUUUGAGAGAGUUUUGGGCUGAUAAACAUCAACCUUGUUCUCUGAAUGGAUUUACUUGCCUCAAACAAGAAGCUCAACUUCUUAAGCAACUUGUACCUCUUAACAAUAUUCCCCAUAUUUUGCUGAAGGGACCAUCUGGUGCGGGGAAAAGAUCACUAGCAAUGGCUCUUCUAUGGGAAAUAUUUGGCGAUGCUUGUCGAAAUAUGUCGCAUGAUUUAAGAUAUUUCCAGGUUCAGGAAAAUAAGGCAAUGCAGGUAGCUGUUCCAGUAACAUCAAGUAUUCACCAUGUGGAACUCAAUGUGAACUCGGAACCAAAUGCUAAAUAUGCACUAAUGGGUAUAGUGAAGGAAAUAAGCAACGCCUAUGGUAUUGUCCCUGAAGUCAGCAAUAUUAAUUUUAAGCCUGAUUAUAGAGUACUAGCUCUUUACCAGGUUGACAAAGCGACAGAGAACAUUCAGCACUUGAUAAAAUGGAUAAUGGACUGUUAUACAGAUGCAUGUAAACUCAUAUUGUGCUGUGAAGAUGAUGUAGAGAUCCUAGAAUCAGUGAAGAACCGCUGCAAAGUUAUUAAAGUCGAUGCUCCAGUAACUCAUGAAAUCAUGGAGGUUCUCAUUCAGAUAGCCAGGAAAGAGGGCUUUGAUCUACCUAUGAACUUUGCAGCUAGGAUUGCUGCCAAAUCAAAGCAGAACCUGAGAAAAGCAAUCAUGGCUCUUGAAGCAUGCAAAGCACACAACUAUCCUUUUGCUGAUGAUCAGCCAAUUCCAUUUGGGUGGGAAGAGGUCUUGGUAGAACUUGCAACAGAAAUCCUUACUGAUCCAUCACCUAAGAGACUGUUUUUGGUGCGGGGAAAGCUUCAAAAGCUUCUUGUGGAUUUUGUGCACCCCAAACUAAUUCUCCUGAAACUCGUCGAACAAUUCCUUAAGGGAGUGCAGGCCAGUUCAAGAAGGGACCUCUAUUAUUGGCAUGGUUAUUAUGAUAAGAGGCUCCCAACAGGAUCAAGUGCUUUGCUCAAAUUAGAAGAGUUUGUGGCCAAGUUCAUGAGCAUACACAGAAAGUGUUCUGGCAAUCAUCAGUAUGAAUAAUUCACAUGAAGCUAGUUUUGAGAUCCCCCUUUCAACAGGCAUAUAACGCCAUUUUUAGGUAAUACUGCUAUAGAUGCUGCUCAGAAAUGUAACUAUAUCAAUUUGUUUUGCUUUCUUAAAAGAUGAAGGGAGAUAAUCAACAUACAAAGUGAACUUGUAUGUAUUGUUGGCUUCAAUGGGAUAAAGAUUCAGCAGACUGCUCUUCCAUCACCAAGCAUCCAGGUAAGGUGAUACAGCAAAGCUUACUGGCAAGUAUCCUGAUGCUUGUGUUGACGUUCUGUUGAUUAGAAUUUAUGUGAUUUCCAUUGGUUGACUUAUAAUUAUCACAAGAUCUUGGUACUGAACUUUGGAAGUAAUCAUAACACAAGAGGAGAACGCAUAUUUGGGA